GUUCAUGAUGUCACUAAAGGAGAAUUAGAAUUAGAAUUAGAAUUGGAAUUAGUUGACACUCACAAGGAAUUUGGUUCCAGCUGUUUGUGACUUUCAGAGCAAAUGUGUGUAGCAAAAGAAAACAACAGGCGACUACAAAUUCCAAGCGUUCAGAGUCUGUAGGCAAGAGCCAAUUAAAAACGGGAAGCUCUGCCUCCGGGCGCCAGCAACCAAUCCUGACAGGUUUACUCUUUCAGCGGCCAAUCAUACGCGCUGUGGAUUGUGAGGUGGGUGGAACCUUUCUUGUGGGUAAGACGCUAACGUGCAGUAUGGCGGACGAUGGGGACGGCAGGAGCGGAGUAGCUGACACAAGUGACGGCCAGGGGACAACAACAGAGGUGUUGGAUUCAGGGCUCGGUCUCGGCGGCAUGCUUCUCAACUUCGCCUUGUUAAUUUUGUUCUUGGCGGCUUGCUACUGCGUUUACCGACGGUGGUUCAGGAGGUCAGGCGCCGACGCGGGCCGAGGAGACGAGGCCUCGGCUUUGCCCAAGAUGGGCAGGCGGGACUUCACUCUGGAUCAGCUGCGGGAGUACGACGGCGUCCAGAACCCUCGCAUUCUCAUGGCCGUCAACAUGAAAGUUUUCGACGUGACGAGCGGCAAAAAGUUUUAUGGACGCGAGGGGCCAUAUGGGAUUUUUGCCGGUCGGGAUGCCUCUCGUGGUUUGGCUACGUUUUGUCUGGAGAAAGAUGCACUACUAGACGAAUACGACGAUCUGUCAGAUCUCAAUGCUGUUCAGAUGGAGAGCGUCAGAGAAUGGGAAAUGCAGUUUAUGGAAAAAUACGACUACGUCGGUCGCUUGUUGAAGCCUGGUGAUGAACCAUCGGAAUACACAGAUGAGGAGGACAUAAAGGACCACCUGAAACAUGACUGAUGCGACCAAAGCCUGAGACUUAGACUGCUAGCGUCCAGCCAAUUUGUCCCUUGUAGCCCAAACUUUACUCUUUAGCCCAACAGCUCUAAACUAUUGGACAACGACUAGUGUAUUGGAGUAGGUUUCACAGAUUAUGCAUCUCUUCUCCAGUCUUGCAACCCCAGGCAGGAGUGUCUGUACGCUGACAGCAGAAAAUGUUCCGCAGCAACAACUGUGCUACAAAAUGGACGGCUCAGAUGUAGGUCUGUUUGGUAACUUCCAGAUUGGAGCAUUAAAUCUAAACCAUACUUGCCUCAAGGUGUCCCUUUAUACCUGCUACAAAUUCCUGUGGUUGUUCCUCCUCGCCUUCAUUCAUGCCAUGCUGUGUGUAUACAUUUUUGUUUUUCCCAGAUGCAGCACACCUGCUUCAACUCGUCAGCCAAAUAUUAAGCCCAUUUUGAGCUGAGUAUGGUGUGGUCAAGAAGGGAAAAUCAAAAACAUUUGAAUUACCCAGGAUUACUAUUUACGAAUCACAACCAUUUUGCUCUUUGCUUCUUUUCCUUCAGUGUCCCUGUCUGCCUUUGUCUGUGCUCCAUCACAGUCCAUCCAAAUGUACUGUCUUGGAAAAAGGUAUUAGUUACCCCUGUUUUCCCCUCUCUUCCUGGUCUCCUGUUCACCUCUUUACAUUUGCUCUGUAUGCUUUAAGUACUUUAUCCCAGUAUGUUUAAGGAGUCCUAGGUCUUAAAAAAAAAAAUCCCGCACAUGUGUGUUUUUAUGACCUGGUGAUGGACUGUUAAUGUGAAGAGAUGUUAAAAUGUAUGAAACACUGAAAUCCCACUUUUUUAAUUCAAUUCUGUUGAUGAAAAGCCUUACACUAAUGGAAUGGUCUGAAAGAGGGGGGUCGAAGUGGUGCGAUCCAAAACUGGAUCACAAGUCUGCACUAUUUUUUUUGUUUGUUUGUUUGUUUGUUUGUUUUUUGUUGUUGUUUUGUUUUGUUUUUUGUUUUUUUAAUUAUUAUUAUUAUAAAAACACAGCUUUGUUUUAAAUCAACUGCGAAUCGAGGUUUUAUACGAUUCGAUGGUCGGACGUUAAUACCAGUUAGCCAAUCCGAAAUGGGAGGUGUGGGUGUUUUUUCCGCAUUACAGAUUUUGUUUUCCUUUUGUUUUUGGUAUGGUAUGCACUUAUGGUGCCACAGCUUAAUCACAGUGUGAUUGUAUGCAUUUUGUUCAGGUGAGUGAUGAGGGGAAAUAUUUUGUGGAGUAGAGUUUUUUUUUUUAAAUAAAAAUGCAAAGGGAAAAUCAGAUUUCGAUCACUUAAAUUCUUUCGAAUGUCAGUUUAUCGGUCAAUCCUGUUCCCCUUCAACCCGACUCCUUAACGGAAACAGUGUGAGUAGAAAUUGUGCCUUAUUAUUUAUUUAUUAUUUUUCUCCUCAAAUACAAUUUAACAUCAAAAAGAAAAAGAAGGCAAGGAGAAAAUAAAUACAAGACUACAAAACAUGUCCCUUCCUCACGUUCUUUUAUUGGUGGUAUCAAAACACUCUUUACUAUGUGCCCUUUUUAACUAGGAUCACAAGAAAAGGCAUGCAUCAGGCUUGAAAGAGCUUUCCCCACCUCAUUGCCACCUUGUACAUAGACCUUACAAAAUAUUCAGUGUUACUGCCAUGUUGCUGUAGUUAAUGGACUCUAUGUACUACUGUGUUGUGUUGGCCAUAAAUCUGUUCAUCAUUCUCUCUCUCUCACUUUAUUUUUUCUGCUGAUGUUCAUUUUAAGUGUGGAAGAAACAGUAUAAGAUCUUUACUGGAGACUAGGCAGGGGUGCAAAGGAUUAUACACUUUUUUUGUUUGUUUGUUUAUUUUUUGGGGGGAUGACAAGUGGUGGAUUCUGUAAAUAUGUGUAUCAUUUUAUUGAAGCAUGUUUGGCAUAACUAUGAGCUAAUGGCGGUUUCUCCCCACGUCACGUAUUUAAUUGUUGGGACUCUUAUGUGUGAGUGAGUGAGAGGAAGAGAUGUGUUGAUGCAUAAACAAAUAAACAGAUUUGGAUAAUAAA